UAUAACUGCGCGAUCUAUUAAAUUGUUUGUGCGUCUGCUACAUUAUCACCGGUUGCUUGUGCAGGAAGGACAUGCAAGAAACGAACCUCUUUGCAGUGAUGCUCUUUAGCUGUCAUUUAGCCAUGAUGAACUGCGGUUUGAACUUUCUAUCAAUGACGUACGGGAUCAGAAAGUUUUUAGGUACUCCGCUUCCCAUAUGGACAACGAACACAACCGAAGACAAAGUCGGAAAGCCUCGAUGUGAAGUGGACGUACUGCUAACUAUAAGCAAAACCCACAUAACGUACUAUCACUCGUGUUAUAAAAAGAGGGAGAAGAAGAGCGUCAGAAUAACGGGAAAGUUUGAUGAACGCAAGAGGACCCGCCUAUUUAUUCAUGUAGAAGAACUGAAUUACAACAUUUCAGAAGAAAUCGUCUAUUUGAAUUGGAUGCACAAAUGUGCAGUUUUUAAGGUCACUGCACCUUAUCCAGGGCGGUGGAACUCGUUCGAUGUCCGUGUUUGGAACUCUUCCAUCCAAUCGCGUCAUUUGGGUGACUGUAUUCGAAAGUUCAAAAAACUGCAACACAGAGGACGCGGAAUCUACAGCGAUUACUGCCAGAAUAUAGUCCAUAAGAGUGCAAAAUUACCAAUCCUGCGUAUGAAAGGUGAAGGAAAAUAAGUGCAACAGUUACAAAACGUAACGUACACAAUUAUGCACUGUGAGCACAACAAUAACCAUUCAUAUUUUCGGUUAUUGCGCACCCGAAAUCAUUCAUUCUUCUUCGCUCCGCUGAAAGAAGACGUCUAGGUAGCAGCCGCGUUACAAUAAAUUGAUUCAUGCCAACAAAAAAUGCAGCAUGAAGUUGAAUACACCACAGGCAUCGCAUGUGUAGUCAGUUUCUUCUAUGUCUCCGUAUAUUUUACAACUGAUAAGCAUGCAGUGCAAAUAAAACGGAGUGGACCAUUUUUACGGAUAAAUAAAGAAUGCAGUGUCUU